GCGGCAGGGCAGGAACGCUGCCCUGCAGGAAUGCUGUCAGGGAGGAAAGCUGCUUUCCCAGCCUGCUGCCUUCCCCGCUCACUGCUGCGGCUGCUGGAGUGGGUUUUUCUAUUUCUGUUUGUGAAAAGGCUUCCCCUGUAAUUACGAGGUGAUUUAACGCCUUGUCUGAGCCUAAAGCUGCCGGACACAGCACUCGGCAGGCUCUCGGCAGGGACUCCUCAGCCCAGCACAGUUGCUCCUUGAGCCAGUCACACCUCAGGCAGCCCUCAUCAGCGUGUCUUCCUUACUUCAAAAUGUCCCUCUCACACACGGCUGCUGAGUACAUGCUCUCUGAUGCUCUGCUCCCGGAUCCCAGCAGUUCCCGAGCCAAGGGCUUGCGGCUGGAGCUGCCGAGCGAUCGCCUGCUGAAGUUUGUCACCGUGGGGCUGCCCCUCUUCCUCGUCUCACUGGCUUUCGCCCGGGAGUUCUCUGCUGGCUCCCAGAUCAGCUGCUUCUCUCCCACCAACUUCACGGGGAAGCAGUCCGCCUACACCGACACGGCUUGCUGGGACUCCCUCAUCCACCAUGGCUUUGACGCUGAAGGACGUGCCAUCACCAAGUCCCUCUGGGCUCUCAAGGUCUUCCCCUACUCGCUGCUGGUGGUGGCAGUGCUGAUGUACCUGCCAUACCUGCUGUGGCGUUACGCUGCCGCCCCCGCCCUGCACUGUGACCUCCUCUUCAUCAUCGACGAGCUGGAUAAAUCCUACAACCGCUCCGUGCGCCUGGUGCAGCACAUGAAGAAGAUCCAGCAGGCCAGUGCCGAGCCGGAGCAAUUCUGGGAGGAGUAUGAGAGGGCCCGCCGGGAGAGGUAUUUCGAGUUCCCAUUGCUGGAGCGGUACCUGACCUGCAAGCAGCACGCCCACGCCCUGGUAUUCAUCUACAUCCUGAGGAACCUGCUGCUGCUCCUGUUCUUGGCUGCCACCUGUCUCUACCUGGUCUUUCUCCACCUUAACAUCUUCUUCCAGGAUGAAUUCAGCUGCUCCAUCAAAACGGGGUUGCUCCAGGCAGAGCCGCACAUCCCGUCACUCAUCCCUUGCAAGCUGGUCUUCUUCUCCGUGUUCCAGCUCAUCAGCCUCUCAGUUGGCAGUGUCUAUGUCCUCCUCAUCCCUGUUGUCAUCUACAAUGCCCUGCAGCUCUGCCAGUGGGACAAGGGGCUGCUCUCCGUCUAUGAGAUGCUGCCUGCCUUCGACCUGCUCAGUCGCAGGAUGCUCACCUGCCCCCUCAACGACCUCAACGUCAUCCUUCUCUUCCUCCGUGCCAACAUCUCCGAGCUGACCUCCUUCAGCCGCCUCAAUGCCGUCAGCGCCCUGAGGGAAGCCACUGCCAACAAGGAGGACAUCGAUACUGUCGUCGAUUUCAUGACGCUGCUGGCUGGGCUGGAGACCACCAAGCCCAAACACCAAGCUUGCACCCCCGAGGCCGAAGGCAGUUCAGCCCUCUCCAACGGUGCAGCCCUAGAACCAAAGCCUGGAGUGGAAAUGAUGGGAAAAGCCUCACGGGACUCACUUGGCUCCGCCUGACCCAGAAGAAGGCAGCAGGCAGGGAUCCUGUGAUCCCUGGAUCCACUUUUCUGACACAACUGUACUGCAGCAGCCGGGCUGAACCCACCUGUGCUUCCUGCACCUGGACUUUCCCUCCUUAUGUACAUUUGUCCAGCAAAAAAUGG